CUCAUCCAGUCUUCAAUUCUCUGACUUCCUCAGAUCUCCUUGAAAGUUUCGUGCUAUUCUCGUACACAGUUUACGAGAACCAUCGUAGCUCUCCUUUCAUAAUACUUUCUUGCCAGGGCCUUCUCCAAGUCAGAUCGCCAAUAUCACUCUCGCUCAACGCUAUUGCGCUGGACGCUUUGUAUCUUACAAGAUUCUCCCAUUGGGUUUCUAAUCGACAUCACUUGCAUAUCAAGCAACCAAACCACAACACUUGCUUUUCUUUUAUAUCAAAUUCUCAGUCCACUACUCGAUCAGAUUUCACAACAUCGGACCACAACUGAACAGCUCUCUCUUGAGACUUAAUACUUCAACUUCGAUAGAUAGAAUCUAGGAAUACAUAAUGGACGUCAUGGAGCUAGUCGAGAACGAGCAAAACGCACGCCCCUUUCAAUGCGAUUGGAAAACAUGCACCAAGAGCUUCAACAGAAAAUCUGACCUUCAACGUCACUAUCGCAUACAUACAAAUGAGAGACCCUACUCAUGCGUAACUCCAGGAUGCGGGAAAAGCUUCAUUCAAAGAAGUGCCUUGACCGUACACAUCCGUACACAUACUGGUGAAAAGCCUCAUCAAUGUCAACACAUUGGCUGUGGCAAACGAUUUUCUGAUUCAUCUAGUCUUGCCCGUCAUAGACGUAUUCACACAGGCAAGAGACCUUACAAAUGCGCACACGAUGGCUGCUUGAAGAGCUUUUGUAGAAAGACUACUAUGGUCAAGCAUCAGAGACGUUCGCAUCAGCGUGGCAUCCAUUCAUCAGAGCUUGAUGACGGCGAGACAUCUGAUUCUGACAGCGGGGAAUCGCCAACCACUCCUCAACAUCACUCUAGUCAAAUUCAGUGGCCUCAACACCUAACAGUCCCAGGUGUUCCACAUGCACAUCAGAUGCAUAGAGCACACUCAUUUGCGGAUUUUGGACAACAUCAACAGAUUGAUGGCUACCCCAUGCCACAAGCCUAUGCCCACAGACACAGCCUGUCGGGAGGUCCUCAGGCAUACGGUCCUAUUCCAGAUCAGCACCAUCACGUUAUGCAAAGACAGCCUAGUCUCCAGCACGCUUCUUAUUAUGUUCCUGAGCAGAACAACCCAGGAGUCGCAACUUUGAACACCAACCCUGCUCCAAUUCAAACGUACCACAUUCCUCGACAUUCCAUGGAGAGACACCCUCAGGAGAUACUACAAAGCAGCCCCGGUAGUUACUCUUCUCACUCCCGCGCCAGCCCAGUCUCCCAAGAACCUUACUAUACACACACUCAGCACUCGGUUCACGUUCCUACAUACGCUAUUCACGGCCAGUCGCCAACUGAACCACAGCCAAUGAUUCAUUACCAGCAGCACGUGCCAACACCUCAAUCGAUUCCAUCACCAGUCCCACAAGUGCAGCAUCAAUUGCAACACCAAUAUCCACAACCUCCCGAGCAUGGCCAGUGGUAUGAGAGCACUCCUUACCAGCAACCUGAAGUGAUCAGCCAUGUGUCAAUGUAUCCUCAGGUUACUGUCUUCAGCGAUCCAUGGCACAAGCUCGAAACAUUUGAUGAUCCAUCAUUACAAAUGCCCAGUGCUCGCAUUGAGAAUUUGUAACAACACUGAACAGUCAAACAACACGCUCGUUUCGAAACUCUCUUUAGCGAUUGUAUCAUUAAUAAGACGUCGUAUACCCAAGGACUGAGGCACACAGGACUGCAGUUUGUUCCGUUUCAUCAACAAAAAAGUUUUCACUUCUCCGAGUCUAUCCGCGAUAUACCUAGUACAUUAACGACAUUCACGAAUGCAUCUCAUCCGUCAGCCAGACAUUCCAGCUCUCACUUUCGGAAUAAUCAGCUUGUCGCAGCAUUUUCACAUACUUUUUCUUUGUUUCAUUACUUUUCUUGUUUCAUAGUAGUUUCCGUCCGGUUUUGCGUACAGAUAAAGCCGGAUCUAAUAUUGGCCGGGAGGGGAGGAAUAUGGAGAGAGGGUACAUAAUGAGGAGGUGAUAUUAUGGCGCCACGAGUUCAACGAGGUUAUUUCCUUUAUGUUAUAUACUCGCGCAUCUGGAAGCGUACCGUGCUCUUUGUGCAUAGAGGCUGGUGAUCAAGGCCGGUUUUGCCGUCUGUAUCAAUACUUAUUUAAAUGUUUAUUGGUUUUGGACAUGGGAAUCAGAAUUGGAUAUGGUAUUCAAUUUGGAAUGGGAAGCCUUGUGUGUAUUUAUAGUAGUAGUAAAUAGCUAAAUGAAUAGUAUAAUAUCACCUAUAUCUG